AUGGUCUUACCUGGCAAGCUACGUGUUUAUAGUGACUGCGCAGGUUUGGCCUCAGAAUUGGUUGCCCUGACAUUGUGCGGCCUGGCAGAACGAGCAACCCUGGUGGGCUGGAGCGAGAUUGAUGAGGAGAAGCAGCUGCUGCACAAGUUGGUUUGCGAGCGCCUAGGGUUCAACGCCCAGGCGCCCCUGACAAGGGAUGUAAGCCUCAGGGACCAUGCGCAAGCUGAGGCGUCCGAUUUGUAUGUCUCAGGCUUUCCUUGCCCCAGCUUCAGUUCUUUGGGUAAAGGUCAAGGCGAUAAGGUAAAAAAGGGUAUGCUCUUGUUUGACGGUCUCAGAUACAUUUGCCAUCACCAACCUAUGAUUUGCAUUUUUGAAAACGUGAAAGGGCUUUUGUUUCCCCAACACCGUGAAUUGACGGAGACCUUGAAGUCCGUGCUGCAGAAGCUCGGGUACUUGUUGUAUUGCAAGGUCCUCAACACAAAGGACUACGGCGUUCCACAAUCCAGGCCACGAGUCUUCGUUGUGGCCAUAAAGAAGAAGAGUAUCCGUAUGAAGUUUCGUUGGCCAGUUGCCUUGAAGUUGUCGAAGAAGUCCUUGCGGCACUUCAUUGAAACGACCAAACUGGGCGACGAGUUAGCCGACCUCAGUCACUACGAGAACAAGUAUGGCAGAAAUGCAAUUUGGGAAAAGCCCUAUGUGCUCGACAUUGGGGCCAGCAAAAAGUUCCAGAGCGCCCAUGUUGGCGUUGCGCCAUGCUUAACCAGAAGCCGGUUGUACCAGGAUGCGUCGGGCUUCUACAUUCCCAAGCUCCGACGGCGCUUGAAUGUAGGCGAGGCCGCGAAGCUUCAGGGCUGGCCGCGGAAAUUGACAAAGUUGUUGGCGAGGGGAACUUCCGGAAAGAUCGUGGGUGGGGCUUUGGGUGACGGCAUGUCUAUUAAUGUCUUGGCGAAGGUAAUCUUGGCUGCAUUGGAAUGCGUUGGGUUCAUCGAUAUGGGUAGUGGCUCUCGCAUGGAUCCGUGGCGCGGUGGCAGUCCAGAGGAGUUGGCUUCUGCGGCUGACAGACACCGCAAGUUGUUGGAGAAGGAAAAGAAAAUGGAAAGGGCAAAGGCAGCAGCGGAGAAAAAGGCUGCCGGCGAGGCGGGCGAGUCACCCAGCCCAGAGACGAAGGAUGGAAAGGCUGACUCGUCGACAACCAAUGGAAACGCUGGCUCGACAAAGUCGACCAAUGAUGCGGCCAAAGCAUUGCCCAAGAAGUCAAAAGCGGCGCCCCAGCCGACCCCGCCUGAUGAAGACAACCGCGACUAUUACGCCGAGGUGAGUGAAGAUGUGCGGCGCAUCCUGAAGCACUUGGGUAGUAAGUUUGGUGAGCAGCCAGCCUUAGAGAUUGCUGACAAAGACCGCUGCGGCGAGGGCGGCGUACAGGAGCCGUACUCAAAGGCCAUGUGCGAGCGCGCGCUUGGCAAUCAAGGCUCAUAUGUCGCGGCUGGUAAUUUGCUGUGGGCAAAUUAUUCAAGCAGCGCGACGCCGGGAAUACCGCUGAGCAGGCGCUCUGUGGUGGAGAUGGCCGACUUCCGCUGGCCUGUUGACAAGGAGCCUGAGUUUGUCAAGAUUUUGUUGGAGUUCGUUGCGCCUGACGUCAGCAGUGCGCCAGAAACUCCACAGGGCCUGCAACUUCUCAGCCCUGAGGGCUACCUUCACGCCAUAUUGCACGCAGCUGCUCGCCAGCUUCCAAAACAUAAAGAGCGCUGGGCCGUGGUCCUACGGUCGGUUCCAAUUUGUCUUACAAAGGAACCAUCGGACCUUUGGAUCCACGCUUGGAACAACAGGAACGCCAUCUCGCAGGACUACGAAAGCCUUGGCAGGUCGGCUUGGCAAACCGCGGUCGAGAUCAAGAAGCUCAAGGGCCGCUAUGACACUGAUGCGAAGAAAGUCCUCACAGCGGCAGAGUUUACUCUGAAGCUGAAGAAUGCCGGACUCAAAAAGGCCAGUUCGCAAGACGACCUGUCCACAAAUCUUGUCAACAAUGCAAUCCAUAUCGCAGAGAAACUUUCGGGUGAAGAAGUCUUAGGUCCAAUCCGCGAUUUGGAGCAGCGCUUCGGGAAGGCCUCCUUCUUCAACAGUAUGGUGAAGUUGCAUGCGCUGGCGACGAGGGUCAAGCCCAGCCGUCGAGACUUUGUUUUCCAAGGCCUGCGAGACCUCAUUGUCCGAGGUCUCCUUGACAACGACGAGGUGACGAAGACGGCUUUGCUCGGUGACAAGAACAGCGCAGGCCUCAUCUCGUUGUUGGAAUUGAAGGCAGAGUGCUUGACUCACUGGCAGUGUGUGGCGCUUGCGCGUGCCAAAAUUGAUGAGAGAGACCGGAAGCUCAUCGCAGAGGCGCUGGCCUCCCAUCAAAGCUACAAUGACAAAAUGCUGGGGGAGGAUGUGGCAUGGCAAGGGCCGAUGGCUGUCUCGAGCGUGGAAGCCUUGAAGUUUUUGGAGGAAUUGGUUUUUAACAAGAAGUUCGACCACCAGCUCAAGCAGCUGGCUCGAGGACACAAGAUCAUGGACGAGGUGAUGGAGAAUGAAGUCAUCAAGGAGGCCUGGGACAAGGUCGUCGCACUUCGCGAGAAUGAGCUGACAGAGCAGGAGGUGAAAGAGAAAGCCUCAGAAGCCCAGGAACCGGAAGGAGAGGAGACAAGCAUUGCGAAGAUGCGCAAGGCGCCAACAAGCUACACUGAAAACAGUCACCAAUACUGGCUGGCAGUGGCAAACGCAAGCGUCCGCCGGCUGUUGUCGUUUGUGGUCUUGCCCACGACGCAGCGCAGCAUGGAGCUCGCCGUCGGGCAGAGCGCGUUGAAGGAUGUGGUGGUGGAAGCUGGCUCCAAGUCGUGCUUGAUUUGGAUGGACCUGGAUCUACUUGGAGAAGGGGUCGGGCCCGGUAGCCAGCCAGGCCUCCGCCGGCAGAAGCAAUUCGAUGUUGCUGUCUGGAAGCCUCUUCUCCAUGGCUGCCUUUUGGCCAGAGGGGCUCAGCCAAAGAGCGAAGAACAUGAAGCCACAGUCCAAGUGAUACAGCCAUAG